UUGCAGACGACAACCCGCUGAAUUUUUGAGAGUCACGUCAAAUCAGUUGGCCAUCAGCAGCACCAGCACUAAGAAAAUAGUACAAGACACCAUGGCUCACCGAAAUGAAUUGAACAGCUUAUAUGUGCAACUUUCAAGUGAAUACGAAAAGGGAUUUUCAGACGUGAAGAAAUGUUCUGAAAUUCUUGAAAAACUAAAGAUCGGCCUCACGCAAAUCGCAUAUUUACCUUCGGUGGGUGCUCCUCUUGUGAAAGAUGAUCUUUUGCUUGGUCGUAAUGUCUUGGAAAAAGGAGCCCUUUUCAGCAUUUCUGCUAAAGAUAUUCCAGCAUUUGAGAGAUAUGUGGCACAAUUGAAAUCAUACUAUUUGGAUUUCAGCAAUUUUCUACCAGAGUCUCCUUUAAAGUAUGAACUUUUGGGUUUGAAUUUACUUUGGCUUCUUACCCAAAACCGUGUGGCAGAAUUCCAUACAGAGUUGGAACUUCUAUCACCUAAUGAUAUUCAAAAUAAUAUUUUUAUUCACUACCCUGUUUCUCUUGAACAAUAUUUGAUGGAAGGAUGCUACAAUAAGAUAUUCCACGCGAAAAAUCAAGUCCCGGCGCCGAGUUUCAAUUACUUUCUCGAUAUACUGGUUGACACUAUUCGAGAUGAGAUAGCAGCGUGCAUGGAGAAAUCAUUUGACAAAAUCCACCUUAGUGAAGCAGCAAAAAUGUUAAGCAUUACCAACAUAAACUCUAUGAAAGAAUAUGGAAAUAAGCGAGAAUGGUCGUUGAAUUCUGGAGACUAUUACCUUUUCCAAAUUGACGUGAAAAAAUGCGACGACUCUUUGACUGCACUUGAAUUAGCUAAACAAGCGAUAGAGUAUGCUCGUGAACUAGAAAUGAUUGUUUAAGAUCGUAUUCUCGUUAAUAAAUAUCCAAUGAACUUGGAAUAAUUUCAUCAAAUAAAAUUUGCAUUUCUCAUCGAA